CUGAUCGAAACUUUAGACAAAUCACUUUUGUAUCAUCUUCUGAAUAACCUUUUGGUUAGGAUUUUCUCUACCACUACAAGAAAGGAUCAAGACACUGUAAUAACAAUUGGAAUUACCGUAUGGAAAUCAUCAUUAUUUUUGUUUGCCUCCUGGUAAGUGCUUCAUGACUAAGUAAGGAUUAUUGAUUGCACUAAACUAUCACUUUAGCGAGUUACGGUAGUAUAGCAGUGGUUUCUUUUAAGUCCGAGUGAUGGCUGUUACAGAACAAUGUCUUCGCGACUUCUCAGUAUCAAUGGCCAAAGAAUGAUUUUAGAAUUUCAGUUGUAACUAACGUUUUUAUAGUAAUAGCAGAGGAAAUCGGACUGUUCGGAUCAAACCGUUAGACGUAAAGAAAGCCCUGGCCUGGAUGUACAUACUGUUAAAUGUAAGGAAUAAAUUUCUUAAAUAUAUAGUCAUGCCAUGUGAGAGUUGUAUCAUCCUUAAAAUCAAUCAUGGGCUUCCUUCAUUUGCCAUCAUUAGUAGAAACUACGAUGCUCAACACGUUUCUUUCGAUUUUCAUUGAGUAGUUUUUAGUCUUUUUAGAGUUUGUCUCCUUGACUAUAAGAAGCUUCAGCAAGUAUGAGCCAAACAUGUGCUCUAUAAUUUUUUAUAUUUUAAACAAUACUGCCUCUGCACUGUGUUCUGUUGCGUGGCACACGACAUCCUACAUCAAUUUUGCUCACGUCGUCACUUCCUUUUUCAGGUAAAGCAAACUUCAUCGGCGAUAAUUUUCGAGGAAAACCAACGGUUAUACGGUCUAUUGGGAUCCAUGGGACUUGAUAAUUCAACCGUCCAGGCAUUUGGCUUCAGCAUCAUUGUACUUGCCUUGGCCUAUAACCUAUUCAACCCAACGCGAAAUGAGUCUACAAGAAUAGAAAUCGAGCCAUCUUUGAAGGAUUUUGGCCCUCAAGAUGAAGAUCCGAGUGAGUCAUUGCGUUCAUUAUAAGAACUUUACUGCGCUUUUCACAAUCACGCGAACUCUAAAGUUCAAAAGCCGCCUUCGCAAUUCCGUAUUUCGCUGCCGUCAAUCUUAAACCUUGAAACACAGAAACACACUAAACGGAUCGAAAUCCACCAAUCACAAACCUUGACCUUUUGAACCCGUUAAAGUAAAGCUCUGUUUCCUAAGAGGUCCGUUAAGAUGAUUGACGGCAGCGAAAAACAUAAUUGUCGUAUCACAGCGUGUUCCCAAGAUCUUGGGAACCCAACAGGACGCUGGAACACGAUUAGCGACGGCGUUACGCAGACGUCCCUUUUCCGCGUGCAACAAAGGAAAUAGGAGACGUCUGCAAGCAGGCAAAAAAUGACUCGGUCCAAAUGUUAGUUUCCAGUCCUCUAUUUUAAAUACUUAUUGUAUACGGUAGUUUAAAAUCUGUUUUGCUGACUACAUUUAAUUCAAUACAGCCUGUAUUGGAGUUACAUAACUAUUACAACUUGCUUUUUGCUUGUAGAAAAGAAUGCAGAGCCAGAGUAUCCUAGAAGACAUAACCAAGACCACGCAGUAUUUGAGAAGACAGGUGUCGAAGUUUUAGCUUCUAGACUUAGCUCUCGAACCACUGGCAAACAAGUGCCAUGUGAUUUGGCGUUGCAAGCUUUAUAUGGGAGUGAGUCAACAGAGUCUGGUCUCUUAGAGGAGGAUGAAUUGUUACUAAGCCCUAUAAUAACACUGAUGUCAAGUACACGGUUAAAUGAACUGCUUGAACUUCGCAUACCUCACGGUGCUAAUAUGGUUUUAUCGUGUAAGAAGUGGACAGUAAUUUUGAAAGAGACACUAAACAGCGCGAAGUGGGCCUCUGUAGCAGAGACUGGUAAGAAGGAAGGAAAAGGAAUAAAAAAUUUUGUAACAAACAGCAAUCAUGUGAGGUUUGACACCGACCAUCUGUCGACAUUUGCUAUUGUUGGUAAAUACCAUAAGUCUUCUUUGUCAGUGUUAAAACGAAUGAAGCUUGCAGCGUUCUCUACUGACGCUAAAGUUGGAGAGGACGUUUCAAUCCGGGUUUAUUGUUUCGAUGACUGCGAAUGGUCAUUAGAGGUACGUCAGUUUCUUUUGCUUCGCACGAUUUAGUCAGAUUUUGUAUUAACGAAACUACUUUCAUUUUACGACCAGUAAAAAAGAAAUUGGAAGGCUGAGGGUGGCGUAUGCGAUUUUGCAUACAUAGAGGUACAUGGGCGGAGCUCAGUGCUGUAAUCAAAGGUUUCCUUUAUCGUCACUACGACCUUCAGGUUAUUUACACCGUGAUCGUGAUGGGGUGGCCAACUUACUUACGUGCCUCAGAUUUCACUUCCUAAGUUAACUUUCAACUUUCUCUUAAUACAGAGAAUAAUGGCGAGGGAGCAGAAGGAAGGAGGAAAAAUGGUAUCAUCAAUUGAAUCACUAAACUUCUCUGUUACCCUAGAGAAUGAUGUUGAAAUUACCGUACAGGACGUUGCAGACUGGCAGCUAAACCAAGAUUCACCAAAGGUAUCAGAUCUCACUGUCUCAGUAAGUUGGCUAAGCUAUGCGCUUUGAGCCUGGCCAUGUUAAAUGGACUAGUAAGAAAGGCUUAGACCAGAUAUGGCUAUUUUUACUUUAUGUCGAUAGAUUCACGAAGAUGUUAGGAUGUUAAUUUACAAUGUAGUACGCAAAACUUGGUUCGCUGUAUCUUUGCUGUUUGUGUAGUUCUGGUACGACUCGUAUGUAAACAAAAAACAAAAGAAUUGUACACCAGCCUCGUUCUCAGUCUUCCUUAGCGAGUUCGGAUGUAACGUCACCUGUCAAGCUUUUCAGGAGGCGCUAAGUUCCAAGCCUCCUCCGCUCACUUGGAUACAAAGACGUAGCCAUUGCACUUUAUUAACUAUGGUGUCUUAGACGUUUGAAAUACCUUUUGACCUUUCACCUCUUUCUUCACAGAAACUCAGUCAUACUUCCUUGAAGAGCUCCUUCAACCUUAUCCCUUACUGCGAACUUGUGUUUCAUCCUACAAACAAUACAGGCAAAAACGGCUUUUUUGUUGCAAUGACCUUUGCUCAACAGUCGUCAGAGAAAACCGUGCUGUAUGCUAGUGUAACAAUAAAAAAAAGGUGAUCGUGUACCGUAUUUAUUCGAUUAACCACCCUGGAAGCUUAUUAAAUUUUUGGACCUUGAGAUUUGC